AUGCUACAAGCAAGAGCUGCCCUCAUCAGUACCUACCUGGAAGCUUACCAGACCUUCUCUAAAAUGUCCAAGCAAAUGGCUGACCAAUUGUUCCCGUCAUCUGAUGAAUCGAUGGUUGACGCUUCAAUAAAAUCGAGCAAAAAGAAGCGAAAGAUUCCUGAGAAGACGACAGACAACCAGCCUUCUACUUCAAAGAAGACGAAGGUGAAAUCUACGGCGCGAGAUCUCUUCGGCAGCGAUAGCGACGAUGACGAACUGGAUCGUGGCACCGCUGAUGGUAAAAAAAUUGCACCUAUUUACUCCUACAUAACAAGGAGAUUAGCGAAUGGUUUCUCGCGACAAAUAGAUGAAGCUAAAACUGGGGGUUAUUAUGUUGAACUGAAAAUAUAUAAUACCGAUGAAAUUGAGCGGGUGCCCCCAGUCAAUCGAUGGCGGCAUUCCGUUAUAACUAUUAAAAAUAAAACCAAUACGGAUACUGAGUCCUGGAAGCUUCUAAAUGCAUUUAUAAAGGAAACGAGAAAAGAAUUUAAAAAUCGCACUCCUACUUUUAUAAGCUCGUAUCAGUAG